GCGUCAACGCCCGCGCCUGCGCAGUGAGGGCGGCCUAGUCGUCUGCGGCGGUGGCGGAGAAUCCCGGCGGCGGCGCGAGCACUCGGUCCCGCCCGCCCUUCGCCUCCAACUCCGGCUUCCCUGGGCUUGGCGCGCUCCGGCCCCGCCUGACCCCUCCCAACACUCGCAGCCACGCCCGGCUUUGCCUGCCCGUCUCCGCCGCCGCAAUGAUGAUGAUGGCGCUGAGCAAGACUUUCGGGCAGAAGCCCGUCAAGUUCCAGUUAGAGGACGACGGCGAAUUCUACAUGAUCGGCUCUGAGGUGGGAAACUACCUCCGUAUGUUCCGAGGUUCUCUGUACAAGAGAUACCCCUCGCUCUGGAGGCGACUAGCCACUGUGGAAGAGAGGAAGAAAAUAGUUGCAUCGUCACAUGGUAAAAAAACAAAACCUAACACUAAGGAUCAUGGAUACACAACCCUGGCCACCAGCGUGACUCUGUUAAAAGCCUCCGAAGUGGAAGAGAUCCUGGACGGCAACGAUGAGAAGUACAAGGCCGUGUCUAUCAGCACCGAGCCCCCAACCUACCUCAGGGAACAGAAAGCCAAGAGGAACAGCCAGUGGGUGCCCACCCUGCCCAACAGCUCCCACCACCUGGACGCCGUGCCCUGCUCCACGACCAUCAACAGGAACCGCAUGGGCCGGGACAAGAAGAGGACAUUCCCACUCUGCUUUGACGACCAUGACCCAGCUGUGAUCCAUGAGAAUGCAUCCCAGCCCGAGGUGCUGGUCCCCAUCCGGCUGGACAUGGAGAUCGAUGGGCAGAAGCUACGGGACGCCUUCACUUGGAACAUGAACGAGAAGCUGAUGACCCCUGAGAUGUUUUCAGAAAUUCUCUGUGAUGACCUGGAUUUGAACCCGCUGACAUUUGUACCAGCCAUCGCCUCUGCCAUCAGACAGCAAAUUGAGUCCUACCCCACAGACAGCAUCCUGGAGGACCAGUCAGACCAGCGGGUCAUUAUCAAGCUGAACAUCCAUGUGGGAAACAUCUCGCUGGUGGACCAGUUCGAGUGGGACAUGUCAGAGAAGGAGAACUCGCCAGAGAAGUUUGCACUGAAGCUGUGCUCUGAGCUGGGGCUGGGCGGGGAGUUCGUCACCACCAUUGCAUACAGCAUUCGGGGACAGCUGAGCUGGCACCAGAAGACCUAUGCCUUCAGUGAGAACCCCCUGCCCACGGUGGAGAUUGCCAUCCGGAACACAGGCGAUGCUGACCAGUGGUGCCCGCUGCUGGAGACCCUGACAGACGCUGAGAUGGAAAAGAAGAUCCGCGACCAGGACAGGAACACAAGGCGGAUGAGGCGUCUGGCCAAUACUGCCCCAGCCUGGUAACCACCCGGUGGUGCAUGGCUCCCACGGAGCAUGUGAAGAUUGGACCGCCCACCUCUCCUGUCUUCUGGGAGGAGGGCAUGAGGAGAGGCAGCCCGGCUGCCUGAGGAGCAUGGGGCAGGGGCCUCUCAGUCGCCCCCCACCCACCCCCGGGUACACAUUCCGUUUGCUGAGCCCCAGUCCCCGCUGCCCGUCUCUGGUCAGGAAGAGGCCUUGUUUUGGGUUGUGUUUUGUUUUUGUAUAGGAACCCCAGGCAGGGCAAGCAACACUUUUUAAAUAAAAGGCAACAAGUCCUGUUCUGUUUCAUCAAA